UGUCACACGUGCUUCGUCGGAGGAGACGGGGCAUCUGCAAGCUGGAUUCGGUGGAGGAUGCUGCGGCAAGUGAUACACAGAGGGCUCAAGGCUUCCUUCUACUGGUUAGGCUUAUUCGUUAGCAGACACCCCGUUUUCUUCCUCACCGUGCCCGCGGUUCUCACCAUCAUUUUCGGAUCUACGGUGUUGAGCCGAUUCAAGCCGGAGACGGACCUCGAGUUGCUGGUGGCCCCGACGCACAGCCUGGCAAAGAUUGAACGAAGUCUGGCCAACAGCCUGUUUCACAUCGACCAGUCCAAGCACAAGCUGUACUCGGAUUUGCACACCCCGGGCAGAUAUGGCAGGCUGAUCCUGUCGGCCAAGUCCGGAGGGAACAUCCUGGAGGUGGCCGAUCAGGUGCUGCGAGUUCACAAGCAGGUGUUGGAUUUGCGGGUCAAUUACAAAGGAUUCAACUAUACGUUCGCGCACCUCUGCGUGUUGAGCCACAGAGACAAGCGCUGCCUCCUGGAUGAUAUCGUCACCAUCUUCGAAGACAUCCGACAGGCGGUGCUUUCCAACAGCACUUUCCACAAGGUGCCCGUCAGCUACCCCAACACGACGUUAAAGGAUGGUCGAGUAUCCUUCAUCGGUCAUCAGCUGGGAGGCGUGUCCUUCUCGCCCAACAGCCGGGACCAACAGGUUAAGUUUGCCCGUGCUGUCCAGAUCACCUACUACCUCCGCAACAAAGGACCUGUGGUGCAGGAUGCCAUUGCAGAGCGCUGGGAGAAUGAGUUCUGUGCCCUGGUCAGUCGGCUAUCUACUGCCGAAACACCUCAUGGACCAGACCAACUCCACAUCCACUCCCUCACUUCCUUUAGCUUGUGGCGAGACUUCCAUCAGACAGGCGUGCUAGCCAAGGGGGAGGUGUUGGUUAGCCUGGUCCUGGUGCUUCUGGCCGCCACCAUAUCCAGCUCCAUGCGGGACUGUUUGAGGGGGAAACCCUUCCUGGGCCUCCUGGGGGUGUUGACCAUCUGCAUUGCCAACGUGACAGCCGCAGGGAUCUUUUUCAUAUCAGAUGGGAAAUUCAAUUCCACACUCCUGGGGAUUCCAUUCUUUGCUAUGGGUCAUGGAAGCAAAGGGGUGUUUGAGCUGCUGGCAGGCUGGAGGAGAACAAGGGAAAACCUGCCUUUUAAGGAGCGUGUCGCCGAUGCAUUUGCCGAUGUGAUGGUGUGCUACACGAUGACCAGCUCGCUCUACAUCAUCACGUUUGGCAUGGGAGCAAGCCCUUUCACCAAUAUUGAGUCAGUGAAGAUUUUCUGCCAGAGCAUGUGUGUCGCCAUCCUGGUUAACUACUUCUACGUUUUCUCAUUCUAUGGCUCCUGCUUGGUGUUCGCUGGGCAACUGGAGCAAAACCGCUACCACAGUGUAUUCUGCUGUAAAAUUCCCUCAGUGGAGUACUUGGACCGCCAGCCCACUUGGUUUAAAACCAUGAUGAGUGAUGGCCAUGACCUCUCAACACACCAUGACAGUGUCCCUUACCAGAACCACUUCAUCCAGCACUUCCUGCGUGAACACUACACAGAGUGGAUUACAAACACCUAUGUCAAGCCCUUUGUGGUUAUUCUCUAUCUCAUCUAUGCUUCUUUCUCAUUCAUGGGAUGUUUACAAAUCAGUGACGGUUCAAACAUUGUCAACCUUUUGGCGAGUAACUCUCCAAGUGUUUCAUAUGCACUGACUCAGCAGAAAUACUUCAGCAACUACAGCCCUGUGAUUGGGUUCUACAUUUAUGAGCCCAUUGAGUAUUGGAACUCGACAGUGCAAGAGCAUUUGAAGACACUUAGUCACGGCUUCAACAAGAUCUCUUGGAUUGACAACUUUUUCCACUACUUGCGGGUGGUGAAUGUGAGCGCAUCGACCAAGAGUGACUUCAUCAAUAUCCUCAAAGGAUCAUUCCUGCGGAGCCCUGAGUACCAGCACUUCACAGAGGACAUCAUAUUCUCCAAGAACCGUGAUACCAAUGAGUACGAUAUCAUUGCCUCGCGCAUUUAUUUGGUGGCACGGACAACAGAAAAGAAGCGCGAGGAGGUGGUGGAACUUCUAGAGAAGCUUCGCCCACUGAUGCUGAUUAACAGUAUCAAAUUCAUUGCUUUCAAUCCCACAUUUGUGUUCAUGGACCGCUACAGUUCCUCUGUCAUUUCUCCAAUCCUGACCUCAGGCUUUAGUGUACUCACCAUCCUUAUUCUUACUUUCUUCCUUGUCAUUAACCCCUUGGGGAACUUCUGGCUCAUCCUCACAGUUACGUCAGUGGAGCUGGGCGUCUUAGGUUUGAUGACUCUUUGGAAUGUCGGUAUGGACAGCAUCUCAAUCCUGUGCCUUAUUUAUACCCUAAACUUUGCCAUGGAUCACUGUGUACCACACCUAUAUACCUUUGUGCUGGCCACCGAGCACACAAGGACACAGUGCAUCAAAUUGGCACUGGAGGAGCACGGUGCGGCCAUCCUGCAGAACACAUCUUGCUUUGUGAUUGGGAUCAUACCUUUAGUGUUUGUGCCUUCCAAUCUGACCUACACACUGUUCAAGUGCUCGCUCCUCACAGCCGGCUGUACCGUGCUUCACUGCUUCGUCAUCCUGCCCGUCUUCCUCACCUUCUUCCCACCAUCUAAAAAGAGACACAAGAAAAAGAAACGGGCCAAGCGGAAAGAAAGGGAGCGGGAAAGAGAGAGGGAACGAGAAAGGGAGGAGAUCGAGUGCAUAGACGUUCGAGAGAAUCCUGAUCAUGUGACAAAUGUCUGAGUAGUUUGUUGUUUUCGCAGUGAAUGUUCAUUGGAUUAUAUAAUGUAAUAAGACAAUUCUCAAGAUAAAGUGCAGUGAAGACGUCUGUCACCUGUGUGGUGAAGGGCUGCUUACUCCCGGCCAAUAGCAACUAAGCAGCCCAUAGUAGAGUGCAGUCCCAUUGGACAACCUUUCAGUAUAUGUCCUGACAGUGUCUUUCAUUGCUACCAACCACAGCAUAAUCAUAGUUCUACUACUAGGUACAGUAUAUGUGAAACUAGGUUAUCAGAACUGUACACAAAUUAUGAAUAUAUAGUAGAUUGCUCUAUUGAAAUAUUUGUAAAUCAGACUUUAUCUCCAGCGGCCCUUAUCUACAUGAGUGAGGCGCAAAGCAGUCUGUUAGCCAAGAAGGCGCAAACAGGCUAGAGGAAAUGUAAUCAUUAAGAAGCUACCAAUACAUCAGGGGCGCUUCAUCCAUUGAAGAAAAUUGUGCUGCGUUUCAUACACAAUGAGUGAAAAGGAUUUGGAUUCAUUUGUUUGUGUAUGUCAACGGAUGACUUGUCUGUUUUGCAUCAACUAAAAGGUUUGUGACCUCCAUAUGCUAACAACACCUAGCUUACAAUAGCUAGACUUUACCAGAAAACCAAAUCUCUUUCGCAACUUUUAUUAACAUCUUUUUUGCCAAUUGAUUGGGCUUUGCCUACAUAAAAGCAAAAAUAAUGAGGAUUACAUUGUUCUUUUUCCUCCCUCCAAAUUGUAAAUUUUAGUGGGAAUUUUAUGAGGAAAAUAUGGGAUUUGGGAAGAUUUCUAAGAAAACAAACCAUAAAGCAAAAAGAUCGGUAUAAAUGUGUGUUAUGUUCUUUUCCACACUGUGAGACUUGAACCUUC